GGGAGCCGGGGGCGAACGGAGGUGCGCGUUCCCCGUGACCCCACGCUCCUGCGUGGAGCCGGCAUCUGGGAGUCGCGGUGUCUGGGGCGCCGGGGCGCCGCGCCACACAGCCGCAGAAGGUGGGUGGCCGCUGCGGGCCCAGGCUCUGCAGCGGCGGGAGAGGAUCCGGGCCUCGGCGCGGAGAGACUGCAAGGCCCGGAGAAGCGGCGUAGGUUCACCUUCGUCGCCAGGAAAGCUGCAAGAUGAGCGGCCGGAGGAAGCACGCCCCUCCGGUGAAGGUUGACGAAGAGAGGCGGCAGCAGCUCAGCUGGCACAUGCACGAGGACAGAAGGACGGACAGUGAGCCGCCCCACCCGGGCCCGGGCCCCUCUCCCCCCUGCGUCCUCCUGGACGGCCGCCUGCCCACGGAGGGGCCCGGCCGAGGGAAGAGGAGGUGUCCGGAGGGGGCGGGCAUCUGCAGACCCCGGGCGCAGGGAGAGGCCGGGGCCCUGCGCCAGCCCCCCAGGCCUACGGUCGUGGUCUCCCCCCGUGACCCCGGCGCCUCCUGGCGGGCACUGCUGGGGGAGCUGACCCUGGAGUUCCCCGCCGCCGCCGGCCACCUGUCCCAGAGCAGCUUCACGCUGCGGCCCUCCGACGAGAGCGGGCAGCUCCUGGUCGCCCUUCCCGGGGAAGAGCCUGGCGGCCAGUGGGGCAGCACCGCUGCCGUGAGCCCCUCCGUGGGCGCAGAGCUGCUGGAGGAUCUGGGCUGGCUGCAGAGCAAGAGGAGGCUAGGGCUGUGCCACCGGCCCGAGGGGAGUCGUGCCCUCAAGGUUGGAAUUUAUCUUCUGGAAGAUGGCCUGACGAAAAUCGACUUUCCAAGUGAAGCGAGCUCAAGAAUGAAAAAGGUCAAUCAGCUCAUGAAAAGAGUCAUGGGGGAGCUGCACAGUUUUACUGUCCCAGAUGUGUUGGAAGAGGAUGACGAAGAUUCAGAGAAUGAGCCAGAAGGACAGGACAUUGACGAACUCUAUCACUUUGUGAAGCAAACACAUCAGCAGGAAACCUACUCCAUUCCUGUGGACGUCCAGCACCCAGCGCUGAAUCCCGUGUUGAGGCCUUACCAGAGAGAGGCUGUGCAGUGGAUGCUGCAGCGAGAGCGGUUCAGCGGCGGACCACCUAGUGAAAAUGCCCUGCACUUCUUAUGGCGGGAGAUCAUUACACCUGAGGGUUUGAAGCUCUACUAUAAUCCAUACACGGGCUGCAUUACUCGUGAGUACCCAAGUGCCGGACCACAGUUGCUUGGUGGAAUCUUAGCAGAUGAAAUGGGUCUUGGAAAGACAGUGGAGGUUCUGGCUCUGAUUCUGACACACACUCGACAAGAUGUCAAACAAGAUGCCCUCAGUCUCCCUGAGGGAAAAGUGGUGAAUUAUUUCAUCCCAUCAUGUCAUUCUGAAGGAAAAGUGAAAAACAAAGAAACACAGAAUAUGGAAUUUGAACCAAAAGAAAAAGUUCACUGUCCCCCUACACGUGUAAUGAUCCUGACAGCCGUGAGAGAAAUGAAUGGGAAAAAAGGAGUGUCCAUCCUUUCCAUCUAUAAGUAUGUGAGUUCUGUAUAUAGAUACGAUGUUCAGCGCAACAGGAAUCUUCUGAAACGGAUGUUGAAAUGUUUAAUUGUGGAAGGUCUUGUCAAGCAAGUCAAAGGUCAUGGUUUUUCUGGGACUUUCACUUUGGGGAAAAAUUACAAGGAAGAAGAUCUAUAUGAUAAAACAAAAAAGCAGGUAUUUGGGAGUCCAAGGAAAAUUCAGAAAGAAUCAAGAAGAUCAGGGAACAAAGAUACAGAUUCUGAAUAUUUGCCCUCAAAUACCUCUGAUGAUGAUGACGACGACCCUUACUACUACUACUGUAAGGCUAGGAGGUAUCGUAGCAAAAUGAGGAAAAAGCUGGUUCCAUUCACAAAAAAGGGAGGAAGUCAGCCUGACACCAAUCUCAGUUCACAAAACCACUGCCCAGCCACCAGUGACUCUGGAGUGACUGACGUGACCUUGUCUAGUAGUACCAAUGUCUUUAAUGCCACGCCAAAACACGAAGCCGAAGACCAGACUGAAUCUCUAGACCCCACUGGUAGUGGUACGCCCUCUCCUAAGAGUGUUAGGCCCUCUGAUGAUCGCUUUGAGUGCAUAUGUGGUGAACUCAACCAGCUAGAUUGUAAGGCGCGUGUUCGGUGCCUGAAAUGCCACCUGUGGCAACAUGCAAAAUGUGUGAAUUACGAGGAGAAGAAUCUGAAGGUUAAACCAUUUUACUGUCCCCACUGCCUUGUUGCAAUGGAACCGGUGUCAACAAGGGCCACUCUGAUCAUCUCGCCCAGUUCCAUCUGUCACCAGUGGGUGGAUGAAAUCAACAGGCAUGUGAGCUCCUCAUCUCUUCGUGUCUUGGUUUAUCAAGGAGUGAAGAAAGACGGCUUUUUACAGCCUCACUUUUUGGCUGAGCAAGAUAUAGUCAUCAUCACCUAUGACGUCCUUCGUUCUGAGCUAAACUAUGUGGACAUCCCACACAGCAAUAGUGAGGGUGGGCGUCGCUUGCGGAACCAGAAACGCUACAUGGCCAUCCCCAGCCCCCUGGUAGCUGUGGAGUGGUGGAGAAUUUGCCUUGACGAAGCUCAGAUGGUUGAAUGUCCUACUGUCAAAGCUGCGGAAAUGGCUCAGCGCUUAAGUGGAAUUAAUCGGUGGUGCAUCAGUGGCACUCCAGUUCAGAGAGGAUUGGAGGAUCUUUUUGGGUUGGUGGUCUUUCUUGGUAUUGAGCCAUACUGUGUCAAACACUGGUGGGUUCGCCUUCUUUAUCACCCUUACUGCAAGAAGAAUCCUCAGCCGCUUUAUAGCUUUAUUGCCAAGAUACUGUGGAGAUCCGCAAAGAAAGAGGUCAUAGACCAAAUUCAGAUACCUCCUCAGACAGAAGAGGUCCACUGGCUCCACUUCUCCCCAGUGGAAAGACAUUUCUAUCACCGUCAGCAUGAGGUGUGCUGCCAGGAUGCGGUAGUCAAGCUCAGGAAGAUUUCCGACUGGGCCCUGAAGCUCAGCAGCUUGGACAGAAGGACUGUCACCUCCAUACUGUACCCACUGCUGCGACUCAGACAGGCCUGCUGCCACCCACAAGCUGUUCGCGGGGAGUUCUUGCCACUUCAGAAGAGCACCAUGACCAUGGAAGAGCUGCUGACGUCUCUGCAGAAGAAAUGUGGGACCGAAUGUGAAGAAGCCCACCGUCAACUAGUUUGUGCCCUCAACGGCUUGGCAGGCAUCCACAUCAUUAAAGGUGAGUAUGCUCUGGCCGCAGAGCUGUACAGGGAAGUGCUGCGUUCAUCUGAGGAGCACAAAGCAAGACUCAAAACUGAUUCACUUCAGAGACUUCAUGCUACCCAUAACUUGAUGGAAUUGUUGGUAGCCAAACACCCAGGAAUACCUCCUACGCUGAGAGAUGGCAGACUUGAAGAAGAGGCUAGACAGCUCCGAGAGCAUUACAUGAGCAAGUGCAACACAGAGGUCGCAGAAGCCCAGCAAGCUUUGCAGCCUGUGCAACAGACCAUACGUGAGCUCCAAAGAAAGGUUCAUCCUAACUCCCCUUGGUGGCUAAAUGUGAUCCACAGAGCGAUAGACUUCUCUGUUGAAGAGGAGCUUGUUCAGCGCGUGAGAAAUGAAAUAACCUGCAACUACAAGCAACAAAUCGACAAACUUUCUAUGUCGGAGAAGUUCCGUGACUGCAGAGGACUUCAGUUCUUACUCACAACACAAAUGGAAGAGCUCAGUAAGUUCCAGAAGCUAGUGAGAGACGCUGUGAAGAACCUGGAAGGCCCUCCAUCGCGGAGUGUCAUCCAGUCUGCCACAGCCUGCCACCUGCGCCCAGCCAGGCUUCCUCUCAAUUGUUGUGUCUUUUGUAAGGCUGAUGAACUGUUCACAGAAUAUGAAUCAAAGUUGUUUUCUCAAACAGUCAAGGGACAGACAGCCAUAUUUGAAGAGAUGAUAGAAGAUGAGGAAGGCCUGGUCGAUGACCGCAUACCUACCACCAGUCGGGGCCUGUGGGCAGUAAGUGAGACGGAGCGGUCUUUGAAAGCUUUGCUGUCAUUUGCGAGGUCACAUAGGUUUGAUGCUGAGUUUAUUGAUCAAGGAAGUGCUUCAAUGGACCUUUUUGAAGCAUGGAAGAAGGAGUACAAGCUGCUGCAUGAAUACUGGAUGACUCUGAGGAACCGUGUGUCUGCCGUUGAUGAACUUGCAAUGGCUACUGAGCGACUAAGAGUCCGUCAUCCUAAGGAGCCAAAGCCUAAUCCUCCUGUUCUCUAUAUCAUUGAGCCACAUGAGGUUGAACAAAAUCGUGUAAAACUGCUCAAUGAUAAGACUGUAGCUACAUCACAGCUUCAGAAAAAACUUGGGCAACUUCUUUACCUGAAUAACUUGGAGAAGUCCCAAGACAAAACAUCAGGAGGCAUUAAUCCAGAACCUUGUCCAAUCUGUGCUCGGCAACUGGGGAAACAGUGGGCGGUCCUGACCUGCGGGCACUGUUUCUGUAACGAGUGCAUUUCAAUCAUCAUCGAACAGUACAGCGUGGGAUCUCACAAAAGCUCCAUCAGGUGUGCCAUCUGCCGUCAGACCACGUCUCACAAAGAGAUCUCCUACGUGUUCACUUCAGAGAAAGCCAGCCAGGAAGAGGACAUCCCUGUAAAGGUUUGCUCUUUUCUGAGUGAAAUUAACUACAGAGCUGCAAGGAAUAAGACAGUAAUUAGGAGGGCCCCCCCACCCCUUUCUGAGAAAGUUAUAAUCGAUGAAAGGAUAUCUAGUGGUAAAUAAAUAAAUAUACUUCUUUCAGCAAAACUUGACAUCCUAUCAGUCACACUGCUGCUAUCCAGUGUGUGGAGAUAAACAGAAUCCCAAGAUAAAAUGAACCCUCACUCACCCCAUCCAUGUUUAUUGGGCGCACACUGUGCCGGCACCAUGUCUGGCCUCAAAUCUGCAGCAUAUACUAAUGAAUAAAGUAGGUCUGAGCGAGACUCUUGUGGCUUGUAGUUUGACAGUGAGAGGAAAGGAAUCUGAAUGCAAGUGGGAAGCAUAGACUUUACGUGGUAAGUUGUGGUAAGUAGUGCAAAGGGCUGUCAAGGCUGGCUUCUCUGAGAAGAGAACUAAAACGUGAACAGACCUGGCAGUUUAGGGAGAGAUUGACAGUGACCUUGGUGAUCUUGUGGGGAGAAGGUUGCCAAAAGGAAAAAAAAAAAAAAACCCAGCAGAACACACACAUGGAAAAGUUUGAGGCAGUUGGGUUAAGUAGCAGCUUGUAGGGAACAAAGGAGAAUUGAGUAAGUCUGGAACCAGAGUUGGACCACAUGUCAGGAGGUCAUCUUCAACUUGGAGAAUUCUCUUUGCAUCUGAACCGGAAGGCCGUUAUGGAUAAGAGCAGAGCAGCAUUAAAGCAGAGAAAUAAUCACGAUCAAGUCUAACUCUAAAGAUCUUCAUUUGUUUCCUGCGUUGUUGGAAUUAGAUCAUUGGAAAUACAACCGAGGAGGGAAAAUUGGAAACCACCCAUUGUGGAGAUAAAGCAGUUAUGUUAUGAUUACACUGGUGACGGUGGACAGGCAUGGAUCUGUGCAAAAGCUAUUUUGAGUAUGACUGGUUAGGAAGAUGCAGGGUUAAAAAGAAUCAGCUGAAGAGAGAUUUCAUAGAUGAUGCUUCUGGUUUCUGAUGUGCAUAAAAUCAUGUGCAUAGUGGGGCAGUUGCUGCUGUGUGUAAGAGAUGUGGGUGAGGAGUAGCAGUGGGGCUGCAUUCAGCUGUCUUGUUUAAGUGCAGCCUGGACACAUGCAACUCGAAACAUAAAAUCCAGGGGCACCGGUGUCAUUCAUACUUGACGUCAACAGAGCUGCAUUGAUCCCAGGAAAGACACACAAGCUCCUGUUCUGUGAGGGCCUGCAGAAUUCUCCAGGGUUGUAGAGACUGAAUAAAGGAGAGGUGGUGAGGGAGAAGCAGCUGAAGACAUAGUCCAGAAGAGUGAGCUUGCUAUCAGUAGAGACCGCAGACCCUAUCAGCUGUCACCAGUGAUGCUGCAGGUCACUAACUACACUGUUGACCAGUGUGGCUAAUGGCUUCCCAAGGAAAUGGAGAGGAA